AUGACCAUCUCGCCAGACAUGUUCUACGGAGCUCGAUCAUCCAACUUAGCCGCCGCUGCUACCCGUACGCCAGAGAGCCAGCGCUUCAUGAGCAGGCUUCCGUCAAGCACAAGCCCUCAUGUACCUAAAGCAGCUAUCUAUCUUGCGGCUUCAAACGAAAUGAGCGGCAAGUUCGCCGGUCCAAUAGAUCCAGGAAACUUCCUGGACAACCACCUGCCGCUGAACAGAUUGGGAGAUGAUGACAGGGGCAAUAUGUCUGAGUUCAGGGCGGCUUUUGUGGCUGCAUUGGAACAAUGCAAAGUCGCUAAGAGUGAAACGAAGCUGUACGACCCCCUGAUUGCGGCUCUAUCUCCCUAUUGUCCCGACCUGAAGAUUGUCAACACCUCUAACUCUGUGGACAAGGACUCGGGCUAUUUCCUGGGACAUGCUAUAAAACCAGACAUUGCGUUCUACAGGUCUUCUAUGAAUAUCUCCAAUGACAAGCCCACCAGGGUCAGAUUGAUGGAAUCCAUCUUGGAGAUUAAGAUGGAUUCCAGCUGCCAACCAUUCGACGACCAGGCCAAAAGCCAUAAGGAAUUUGAGACGACUACAGAAGCAGGUCAAGAGACACGGGGCCAACUCAUUAUCUAUGCCAACGCCCUCCUGGCUUCGCAGCUCAGAACACAUGCCUUCACAAUCUUUAUCAAUGGAUCAUUCUGCCGCAUCAUCCACUGGACACGCAGCUGUGCAACUGUCACCAGAGAGUUUGACCUCGAUUCAAUAGAAGGAUCCUCAUGGUUACUUGAUUUUCUCUGGCGAUUCUCUCGCGCCACUCCCGAGUAUAGAGGACAUGAUAAGAGCUUUGUUCCGAUCUCGGACUCGGUUUCGCCCACGGAUGCAUAUGAAGCCAAGCUGGCUCGCGAAGCCCUGAACGCGACUAGUGAAGAGCCACUGUACAAAGUGGGAGUAAAGGAUGAAUUCUCUGGGGAAACCAGUUACUACAUUAUUCGUGGUGUACCGGUGACGCAAACUCACUAUUUUCCGGUCGGCCGAGGUACUCGAGGAUUCAUCGCCUACAAUUGCCAGUUCGAUGCGGAGGCCACAUCACCAAUGGAGAGAGAGAAAACCGGCUCCGAGUUAGUUUUCCUGAAGGACACCUGGAGAAUUGACGGAUAUGACACAGAAGGGGAAGUCUAUCUGCGGCUUCAAAAGAGCCAGGUCAGAAACAUAGCCCCACGUUUGACCUCAGGCGAUGUUAGUGUUACAGUGCAGGAGGCCAAGUUCCAUAAAUGCGGCCCCCCAAACGGACGCAAGGUUCAGGCUCGGGUUCACUACCACUAUAGGCUGGUCCUCGAUCGUAUAGGAAAACCUUUGAGCGAAUUUUCGUACUCUUGGGAGAUGGUAACAGCUGUCCUACAUGCUCUCCAAGCCCACCUGGAUGCUUAUAUAAAGGCCGGUCUUCUGCACAGAGAUAUCUCUAUCGACAACAUCAUGGUCUAUUGGAAGGAUGGAAAAGUCACCGGGUUCCUUGUAGAUUGGGCUUGCGAAGAAGCUCGACGUGCCAGUGUCCGAGUCGGAUACUACAGCCCUAAUACGGUCCUGGAUGAUCUGGAGUCGUUUGUCCAUGUCCUUAUGUACGCCUGUGCCCGAUACGCUCGAGCGCUGGGCGUCGGAGAGGCCAUUGCAAAGGCGCGUGCCCUUGUGUUGGCGCAAUUUGACCGCCUACACGGAAAGGAGAAAGCGGCGUUCUUGAUCACAGAGAGCAUCGAGCCAAAUGGGUGGUAUUUAAAAGACAUACCGUUUGUUGCCAAGAGGCUUAGCACUCUGUUACCGGCACUUGCAGGCAUGUUUUCAGCCGUCUACACUGGCGAUCCCAGCAAAAACAUUCCAACUCACGAUGGCCUUAUGCAUGUGCUUGAGGAAGCGCUAAAAGACCCGGAAUGGAAGACAUUGAAGGAUGAGAUUCCACAAUACACCGGCGGAGGUCUGAAGCCCGGGAAUUUUGGAAUACCCGAGGUGGACGAGAAAGGCAGAACCGCCGAAGCUCGCGCCAGCCCCCGACAUCAUAUCCACCGGCGCUCCGCUUCCUCGUAA